AUGCGAAAGUUGGAAUGGGACUACAUGGGAGUGAAGGUUGAUGGUCGGCAGCUACACCAUUUGCGCUUUGCUGAUGACAUCGUGCUGAUAACACCUAGCAUCAGCCAAACGGAACGAAUGCUGACCGAAUUCGACGAAACAUGUGGAUGCAUCGGUCUUCAGCUGAAUCUGCAAAAGAUGAUGUUCAUGAGCAACGAAUUCCCCAUUCACGCUCAACUGAACGAACAUAUCAGUGUGCACCAGCUACGUUUGUAUGUGUCGGAAAAUGAACAUAAUGAAAGACCUGACCCCGAGCUGGGCAGAAGGAGACGAGCGGCUUGGGGAGCGUACAAGAGCAUCGAGGAUGUAGUGAAGAAUACCAGGAACACCCGGCUCCGUGCCCACCUCUUCAACACCACCGUACUUCCUGCUUUGACCUAUGCUUCGGAAACCUGGGCAUUUCGCAAGUAG